AUAUCAUACUAUUGUUAUGAUUCAGACGAUAACGUCACGAUGGUACCUUGACUAGACACAAUCCUUCAGUCCAGUCUUCAGUCGGAGCUCAAACGCGCAUCGAACACUUGCGGUUUACAUACGUAUAUAUUUGCGUGGAGUCUUUUUUUUUUUAAGAGCGCGUGCACGUAUACGUAGAAAACGCACGUUUUAUCAUAUGCCGCGUUUGCCGACACUUAUUUAAGCACCGUUCCGAGGAAAAAUAAUGCACUGCGUUGUGUGCAUCUUAUUGUGCCACGUCGUCUGUCUUAUAACAUUCUCAGUUAUAUGACACACACAUACGCACAUAUAAUUCCGAGCAGAACGAGUUAAUUGUAUACAUGAUGUAAUGCACCUUGACAUACCUGCACAUUUUGAAUAUUUUUUGAUGAAUUAAACUACGCUUGUGAUGAACACUCUCUCUCGUGAUGAGAUUCACGACAUGUCUAACGAUGAAUGAGAUGCACGAAUUUUUGUGCGAAUAAACGUGAAAUCUUCUGCGCAAACAGUAUAGUCGCACACCGACCGAACUUGGUUCAAGAUGAGCGCUCUCGUUGAUGACCUGCAACAUGAAAAUAAUCAAGCUGCCGUAGCGCAAGGAAAAUUGAACGCCAACACCAUGCUCAGCGACAUGAGAGACGAUUCAAAAGGAUGCGUCAAAUUCAACAAAUCAACGCAAAGCGACUUCUCGCAAUUGUCGUGGAAGUUCUCUCACGGUACGCAAAGGCCCAGACCGAUGUCCCUCGCGUAUUCGCCAACGAAACCGUUUUAUCAAAUGAGCGAGUCAAGUCUGUCCACGCACAGUUCCAGAAACACGUUGUAUCCGAUUCAGAGCGAAUUGAUCCUGUCGCCGAGAAAUAGAUACAACAAUAACCGAUACAUGUCUCUGGACAUGAGACCGCCAAAUAUACUCCCGUAUUCCAAUUCGAACAGCCACAUCCUAGGCAAUGGGAUGUCGUACACGUGUUGCUGCACAUGUCCGAGUUCACAAAAUCCGCCACCGACGCCGUCCUCACACGUUGACCGACAAGACGGACCGGAAAGUCUCUCGUGGAGAAGACUUCACAUGAGCAGGGCCAAGUUGAAAGCAACCGCGACCACAUCCGAGCUUCUUAGUGGAUUUGCAAUGGUAGCAAUGGUGGAAUUGCAAAUCAAUGAACCGACAGCGGUACCGGAGUGGCUCUUCGUAAUGUUCGCAGUCUGCACUACUUUCUUGGUAUCAGUGCAUAUCUUCGCGCUUAUGAUAAGCACGUAUCUCUUACCCAAUAUCGAAGCCAUAAGUAAGCUUCAGGUCUCGCGACUUAUAACGGAAUCGCCGCACGAGAGAAUGCGCGGUUUUAUCGAGCUGGCUUGGGCGUUUUCCACAAUAUUAGGACUGUUUCUUUUUCUGGUAGAAGUGGCCAUUCUUUGCUGGGUAAAAUUCUGGGAUUACUCCUUUACUGCCGCCACUGCCAGCACUGUGAUAGUCAUUCCCGUGCUCAUAGUAUUUGUCGCUUUUGCCGUUCACUUUUAUCACUCUUUGGUAGUUUACAAAUGUGAGAGUGCGGUUUCAGAUAUGAAGGAUUUGGAGAGUAUAAAGAGGAACUUGGAUAAUGUGACGAUAGGACAAACCAGCGUUUAAAUUUGUCUUACAACUUUUGUGUAACAAUAAAUAAUUAAUCUAAUUAAUCUAAAUAAAAGAAUACAUAUAUAUAUAUAUAUAUAUACACACACAUACAAGUGUAUAAGUGUGUUUAAACUCUUAGAAUAUAUAAACACAUAAGAAACUAUAAUACCUAUGUAUUUUCUAUCAAAAGCGAAUGUAAAAAGUACAAGUUAAUACUCAGGUUUAAAGAGCUUUAGUAGUAAUGUUGAAAUAUUUCGCAAGCAACAGUAUAUUGUUGAUAAAAAUGGUUUAAAAAAAGAACGCAUAAAUUUGUUAUCAAUAAUUUUACUAUUCCAACCAAACCAAAUCGAAAUGAUUGGGUUUUUAUUAUAUAUAUAAAAAUGUACAUAACUGUGUGUGUACACAUGCAAGUCAAGAAUUGCAACAGUAUAAGCAAGUGCUCUUAAUGUAUUAUCUAUGUAAUAUAUUCAGUGUUUUUAUUUAUACCUGUUCCUUGAUCAUUUUAUCAUACAUAUACGUCAUAUCACUAAUAUAUAUAUAUAUAUAUGUAUAUAUAUAUAUAUAUAGUACUAGUUUUCUUUUGUCACUUAGUUUGUGGAAAAACCAAAGGGAGCACCCAUUUUAUAUACAUUUCUUGAAAUUUAUAUACGGAGCAUAUUCAGUGCUUUUGUAAUAUUCUACUGUAAUAAAUAAUAAUUCAUAAAAAACAAUUCAUUUUUCAGACUUCAAGAUGUGAUCAAUAAAUCAUUUCGUUACUUAUAUGAUAAAAAAAAAAAAAAUAAAAUAAAAUGAAACCAUACUAAUAAAUGUAUCUCCCAUUUUUACCAUAAACUAAGUUAUUUUAUAAUACAUAAUUAUUUCAAUAUAAAUGUUUCUUAACUCUUUUUUUUUGUCGUACGAAAACAUCAAUUAAAGCGUAAAGAAAAGUAAAAAAUGUAAACUACUUUUUAAUAACAAGUACGUCUUAUAAAGUAUGUAGUGCGCACACACACUCCACGAGCGUGCACGCACGCGCACGCACACACCUAUUAUAAAAAUCAUAAACAAUAUUCUUUGAGAUACGUUCUACAUAUCAUAUUCUAAAUACAUAGGUACAUUUCAUUCGGUUAUUCACUCGAUAAUCAGAAUCUCUUUAUAGAGAGAUAUAUAACGAAAAUUCCAUAAUAAAUUUUCUCCCUCUCUUAUUUCAAGUAUUCAUAUAUGUACACGUACAUAGUGCAUUGGAAACAUCUUCAAACUAUGUAUAACAGAAGUAUAAAAACGUUUAUAUAAUAUUAAAAAGUCAUUUAAAUUGUUAAAAAAAUCACAAAGUGCAAACUCGCUAAUCCGAACUACUAUAAACAUUUUCUAACAAUAUAUAAAUUAUAGAUAAAUAUGUAUUUAAAAUAAAUAAAAAUUUCACAAACACAUCUCUCCGAAAUUUUUUUGUGACUGAAUAAUGGAAGUAAUCGAGAUGUAUUUUCUAAUUCUCCUUUUUUCUCUUUGUUUUAUUACAUAAAAAUAUUAUCUAUAUAAAAUAUGUAAAAAAACUGAUUUUUUCAAAUACAUAAUGAUAAUGACGAAGAACAGAUUGCUGACGCUAUGGACAGGUAGAUAAAUGAAAAAAAAAAAAAAGUUAAAGCAUUAAAGAUGACGGUAUAUAUGUUAGUUAAUAACGCUUUUUCUUCGUAGAGAAUCUCUUUUUGUGAUGGAAUUAAAAUUGUUUAAAGAGUAAGAA